AUCAUUUUUCAUUGGUGUAAGCAGUAGCAGUAAAGUUGUCGGGAAUAAAAUAUUAUAGUACAACUGUACAAGUACAAAAUAUCACACUAUUAUAAUAUUAUUUUUUCAUUGGUUUAGUUGAUGAUAAUAGCACUAUCACAGCAUCACUUUUGUUCAACUUUUGGGGUUUGUGAGCAACGCCAAUCAGCACUCGGCAGCCCAUUGAGCUAUGUAAUAUUUUGCAAAUAUUAUAAAUAUUAUUUGUUAAUAUUUAUUAUUUAGUUUAAAGCAGAAAUAGUAGAAGUUCGUUAAAAAAAAUGGUUGACGUAGAUGGAAAAACUCAUGAAAUGUUGUUAGACAAUUACAUUUCAAACCUUAAAAGAAAGAAAUGGGAAAGUAACCAUGUAAUUGCGGAAAAAACUGUUCAGCUUUUUAGACACUUUAUUGAUACAAUCCACUGGUCAACAACUAUAGAAUUACUAAAUCAAUUAAGAGAAUAUGGAUUCCGAAUCACAUCAGCAUUACCAUUACAAUUUAUUGUUGGCAAUAUUAUUAGACGUAUAUUAAACAUUGUACGAGAAGAAUACACUGCUGCUAGAAAAAGCUCUGAAGAAGAAAUUGAUGUACAAGACUCAUUACACAAAAUAGUUACAUCUGAAGAUGAUGUUGAUGAUUAUAAUAGCAUUGUCCCGGAACUUAAGUUAUCAAUUUUUGAACAUUUAGAUGAAUUUCAAAUAGAGAUAGAAUCCAGUAAUGAAGAUAUUUCUAAGCAAGCAUUAGAACAUAUUCAUUCAAAUGAAAUUAUUCUCACUGUUGGACAAUCAUCUGAAGUUGAAAUGUUUUUAAAAGAAGCUGCUAAAGAUCGAACUUUUGAAGUAUUCAUAACAGAAUGUUCCCCCUUAAAUCAUGGUAGACAAUUAGCACUAAAUCUCUCAAAACAUAAAAUUCAAUCAACACUAAUUCCAGACUCUACAAUGUUUGGCAUAAUGUCUAGAGUGAAUAAAGUAAUUAUUGGGGUUGAUUCUGUUAUGGCCAACGGAGGUCUUAGAACAUUCAAUGGAUGUCAUGCAGUCGCUUUAGCUGCAGCUCAUUACUCUGUUCCGGUGAUAGUCUUAGCACCAAUGUAUAAACUGAGUUCACGUUACUUAUGUUCAUACAACCAGGAUGCAUUUAAUGAAUUUGUUUCGCCAGCUGGUGUUCUGAAUUAUUCAGAUUCAGUUGUAUCAAAAGUUGAUGUUUACAAUCCUACAUAUGAUUAUGUCCCUCCUGAAAAUGUCACUCUAUUUAUUUCAAAUAAUGGUGGUCAUUCUCCUUCAUAUGUGUACCGAUUGUUAUCUGAAAUAUAUCAUCCGCUUGAUUACGAUUUAUCUGUUCACAACAAAUAAAAUAUUUCUUAAUGAUACCCAUGUUAUUA